AUGGCUCUGGGGAGUUUCCCUUUCCAUCUCUCUCUCUCUCCCAACCUAUUGAACUCCAAGAUGCAUGGGUUAACAGUGGGCAUUCUACUGAUGAUGGCAGUUCUGCCUGCCCUGGAAGCCAAUGAUCCAGCUGAUAAAGACAGCCCUUUCUAUUACGACUGGCACAGCCUACGUGUGGGUGGCUUGAUUUGUGCUGGGAUCCUGUGUGCUGUGGGCAUCAUCGUUCUCAUGAGUGGCAAAUGCAAAUGCAAAUUCAGCCAGAAGCACACGUAAGAAAGAUGGAGCCCCAAUCCUUCUACCUGUCUGUGG